AUGAACUUUCAGGCCGUUGUAUCGCAGUUUUUCGAGUGGCUGUCACUAUGGGUAGUCCGAAGACCGCUACCAUUCCUUAUUAUACCGCCUUUAUUAACUGUUUUUCUACUAGCGCUAGCUGCCUAUGAUUUCCGGCUGAACGUCAGUACCGAUACUUUAAAGGUCUUCCUCCCCGAUGAUAUCGAAUCUCUUAAAAACCUCGAAAAGCUGAUCGAAAUCUUUCCACCCUCCGAUCCACAGAGGGAUUCUUAUUCGGUGCUGGGCUCAAAAUUUGCAUAUACCACUUUGGAGGAUCUCUCUGAAGACCGGAAUAUCCUAACAGCCGGGAAUCUAGAAAAACUGACGCAGCUUCACAAGAGUGUCACGUCCACUUCGUCUGGCAUCACAUAUCCCUCGAUAUGCCUCCGUUUAUCGCCAACCGACGGUUGUGCCCAGCAUCCAUUGGCUUUUGCCUUGGAAGACACCGAUCCCCAACUCAGCGUCAAUUUCAUACUCAAAUAUCCACAAUUUGUGAUAGCUAAUGCUAGUAUAGACUACGCAUUACUACUCGGAGGCGUUAGAACCGAGGGUACAAAGGAUGCGAACGGAAAUUCAGUCGUAGUUUCUGCCAAAGCACUUCGACUUUAUUAUUUAUUGGACUUUAGUCCAAAAGCGGAUUUGUGGAUCGACUCGUUCCUCGAAAAAAUGGGUAAGGCCGAGAUUCCAAACACAAAUUUGUAUUAUUCUUCGUCGAGAUCUUUGCCGAAAGAGAUAGAGAGGAAUGGGGAUCUGCUGCUCCCUUGGACGCCAGUGAUGGUGAUAGUACUGGUCGUACUUUGCAUGGGGAUUUGUUGCGAUGGGGACAUGAUCCGCUCACAGCCAUUCGUUGGUCUAGCUGCUCUAGUGUGUGCUAUGUUGGCUGUAGUAUCUUCAUUAUGUCUACUAAUCGCUACAAGAUUCCCCUUUUUACCCCUAGUCUUUAUUAUGCCAUUUUUAAUCAUAUCGAUCGGGGUUGAUAAUGCGUUUUUGCUUUUGAAAUGUUGGCGGCUACAGGAAGGCCAUUUCUCAGCCGAGGAAAGAUUUGUAUCUGCAAUGACCGAAACUUCCGCUUCACUACUGCUCACAUCUCUCACCGAUGGCCUAUCAUUUUCCAUAGGAAGCAUAUCGAAUUUUCAUGCAGUCCGGGUAUUCUGCACUUAUUGUGCGAUGGCAGUGCUUUUUCUUUUUGUCUAUCAAGUCACCUUCUUUUCGGCGGCAAUGUUAGUGCUAUUGGCUUCUAUUUAUUACUGCCUAAAAUUACCUAUCGGACUCGAUCUGAAGCAACUAACCCCAGAUGGAUCGUAUGUCGCAAAAGAAUUGGAAUCACAAGAGCGCCUCUUCAAUAAUUAUGGCCAAUUUUGCUUCGCCGUCGUCAACACGAGUGAGAUAAAUUUGGGUAAAACCGCGCAAAGAAAGAAAUUGAUACAUUUCUAUCGUACCCUUGGCAGCUCAAAAUUCGCGUCCCCCUAUGAAUUCUGGGUUGAGAGGUACGACAAAUUCAUUGGUGGACGGAAUCUGGAUGAAGCUCACUUCAUGCAAAAUUUGAUGAGAUUUUUACGGCAAAAGGAGAACGAACGGUUUAAGCACGAUAUACAAUUCACCGGUUCCGGGAUCGUCUCAAAUGUCAAGAUGCUUUUCCGAUUACGGCAUCUAAGUCCAGCUACAGAAGUCCCAAGAAGGAGCUUUAUGAUGGAGACGAUGGAAAAGUCAAUGUAUCGGGGAUUUGUGUACGAUACUAGUUUUCUACUCGUUGAGCAGCAACAAGCGUCUGUGUAUGCUAUAAUCGAGAAUGCCGUUCAAGCUGUUGUUGCAAUGCUUUUAAUUUGCAUAUUAUUAGUGCCAAGACCGGUGUCAGCUGCCUGUAUAACUAUUACAAUAAUCUCAAUUAACAUUGGCGUUAUUGGAUGUUUGGCGCUAGCUGGGACUCGAUUGGAUAUCAUUUCGAUGAUCACGAUCGUGAUGUCUAUCGGGUUUUCAGUAGAUUACGUUGCCCAUUCUACGUUCCAUUUUGUGAUACAAAAAGAGGAUCGGCUAAAGCAUUGCCUGAGCGUGACGUUCGCCCCAAUUUGGCAAGCGGCUCUCUCUACCGUAGCUGGGGUGAUCAUGCUGGCAGCAGUUCCAUCUUAUAUUGUUCGCACAUUCGUGUACACUACCGUAUUCGUGGUGGUUAUCGGCGUGGCGCAUGGUUUAAUAUUUUUACCUGCGUUGUUAGAUACUGUGGUGCCACUUUCCGAAUAUAUAGCCCCCUAUCACUCCCAAAAAAGUAGUUCUGAAAAUACAAGGAAUCGACAAUUUCAGCACCCAAAUAGCCGUCUAAAUUGCUACGUAGCAAAAACGUUAGCCACUGGGCUCCCCAAUAAUUUUCUGGCGGACAUGUACUGCGAGCCGCCGAGCCGAGAUCUAUUUGUCGCGAGACCCAAGCCAUUGCCCCCGCCGGGACCGAUUUAUGAGAAUUUGCCGCCGCUACAGAUACCGCCAAUUAUGAAGGACUAUAUG